AUGGUCAAAACAUUAGUUGAUCUGUGCACUGCAGUGUGUAUCAAAAACGUCAAAGACAUCUCCGACGUAGGUAGCGCGCAUUACUCGCUUCUUCGCCCUAUUCUUUUGAGGAUCGACAAUGCCGCGCAACUACGAGAAGUGGAGGAGAGAUCUCCUCACAUCCAAGGCGAUGAUGCCGAAUGCUGGCAGCGCCUCAUCAACCGCCAUUUCCCUCACCAAGUAAAGAAGCACAACUUCGAACCACGCAACCCUACCUUAUGGUACAAAAUAUACGACAAAUACAAGAAGAUCGAAGUCGAGGAGAAGCGCGCUGCGUUGGAGAAGCUGACUUCUAGCCUGAAGACCAUUAAGAAGGAGAAACAGGAGAAGGCCAGCAAGGUUAUCAAUUAUGACGCAAAGAUUCUCGGGCCCGCCCCUGGUCGUCGCAAAGGCGUGGGCGGACGAGAGGUUGCUGGUGCGGGCGGUCUUCGAUGGGGUGGUGGAUCGCGAACUAAGACGACGUCGGCCCAGAGCAUUAUGCAGAAGGCUAGACGGGAGGCAGCCGAAAUCAGUCGCCGAAAUAAGCUCAUGACUCCCACCGGCCAACUACCAGUUCGACGGGGGCAGAUCGUCCAAGCUCCGCUUGGUAUGCGAGAGGAGCAUCGAAUCAAGACUCUUCCUACUAUGCCUACCGCAAGGAGAAUUCAAGCGCCCCAGUCGCGUACCGGAGAACGCUGGGAGCGAGAGCAGAAGGAACGCGAGGCUCGGUUGCUCAAAUUGAAGGGCGGAACUACUACUACGAAAACGACUAUUAUUUCGGACGACGAGUUUGAUGAAGACGACCAGUUCGACGACGAUGAUGAUGACGAGGUCCAGAAAGAGGGUGGUUUGAAUAUUGAAGAGUUAGAGGAUCUCUUUGACGACGACACGCCUUCUACAUCCAAUGCUCCCAAAACUAUCAAGACUGCUGUGGUGUCUUCUCAAAACAAGCCCUCCUCGCACUCAUCCCUUCCCAACUCUAACUCUACUCGCGCAUCUGGAUCAUCCGGUCUCGCUGGGAUGAAGAUGGGCCACUCCUGGAAGAAUAACCCUGUAAGAAUUGUUCCCGUAGAGUCGCCUGCGUCAAAGGCGGCUUCCAAGUCAUCAGCAUCUUCUCCGCCGGCGGCCAAACAUACAGCAGUCUCCCCCCCUCCAGGACCCUCAAUGCCAUCGAACGCAUCCCCUUCGCAUCCUCCCGCGGGGGGUUCUACCUAUACGGGCACCAGUAGCUCAAGCGCCGACCCUAAACCCAAGCCUAAACCUAUGCUUGGACAAAAGCGAAAGGAUCCUCCUAGCAUCUUCAUGAAGCCAAAGCCGAAGGCCCGACGAAUGUCCUAA